AUGCGUGUUGUUCACUUUAUUAUUCGUAUCAGCAAGUCCAAACUUUCUAAAUGGCAGAGAUUCGGUGCUAUCAAGAAAAAUAUAAAGAGUACACUUAAAUCUACCAUCGAUUCAUUACAUGACGUAUGUCCAUUAAAUGUCUCUCGUGAGAUUAUAUCCAAAUCACUUCAUGAUAUUCUAUGUAAAGACAAAGUUUUUCGUGAACAGUCAGAAAUACACAAUAGAAUAUUUAAUUGGUUUGAGGAAAAAAAUUCUUCCGAACCAUCAAGACCAUAUGCAGUAUUCAAAAAACGAGUUUAUUCAUCUGCUUUUUUUGGAUCAAAAGCAAAACCUUUAUCCACGCUCCUGUUGAUCUUUAAGAACAAUGUUCGGAAUAAAAUGGCACACGGUAUCUUAAUAGAUCAAAAAGGUCGAUGGGGUGAUCAUGCACUCAAAAAUGUUGCUAUUCUUGCGUGUGAGGUGAUAAUUAAAGAAUUAUAUGCUAUAAAAGAAAGACUGGACAAUAAAAUUAUUAAAAAAUGGAUGGAAAAAACAACUUUAGGGGUCAAAAAUGAGAACCAGUCACAAACACUGAAAAGAAAAUAUGAUGACUCUAAUUUUUGUGAAAUGACAAAAUUCGUUAAAGGUAUUUUAAAAGAGGUUAAUGAAACGAAAGAGGGAUCCAAACAAAAAAUAAUGAAGCUGGUGUUAAGGGAAGAUGAAGAUUUAAUACAGAUAUGGAGAUCUGUUAAAACGACAUUAGUGCAAAAGAGAGCAAUCCCUUGCAUUUAA